AUGAUUGGGAUUGUUGGGUGGUUGUUUCUGGAUGAGGUGUUGGGAUCUAGUGUACCUGUGUUAUUCAGUUUGUUGUUUUUGUGGGUCUUCGAGGUGCAGCUUUUGUUGCAGAUUAUUAGUAUUAAUCGGAUUGCGGUGGUGUUGGAUAAUCGCGAGUUGAUCAGAAGACUGGAAGCGGUAUUCAUCAUUUGGAUCCCAGCACAUCUCGUCCCUCCGCCAAUUCCACUAUUCGUCACCAUCAACAAAUACUGGGACCGCACAUCCAAGCUCCUCAUCCUCCUCGUCGUCGACGCCUCACUCAACUACUUCUUCCUCCGCACCGUCUCGUGCACCACCACCGCCUCACCAAAUACACGACACUAG